AUGUCGUCUGCCUAUCCCAAGAUCGAUUUUUACGACAUUUCGUGCACGACAACGUCGGAGUCAUGGUCACCUUACACGGCGCGCAUCUGGCUGGCGCUGCGACUGCUCGAGAUCCCGUCAGAACGACACCUGAUGCCCAUGUGUCGGAUCAAUGACACGCUGGCCGACGCCGGCGUGUUCCGCCCGCUGGCGGGACGACACACUCUGCCUGCCAUCACGCUCGACCAGAAAGAAUGGGUCACGGACAGCGCCGCCAUCGCCUCGACGCUGCAAAAGCUCUACCUCGAACACGGUGGGCAGCUUUCGCACUCGCUCUUCCCCGAUGCUGCCUCCAAGGACCUGGCCGAGAAAGCAAACCAAGCAAUGUCCACGAGCCUGGCUGCCGGAGACCGCUGGAAGUCGGUCGUGCCCUCGGUCUACUACAUCCUGGAGCCCGAGUCGCAGGAGUUCUUCAUCGAGACGCGCACCUCUAGCUGGAAGAAGUCGCCCCUGGACAUACUUGCCACGGAAGCAAAGCAGAACGCCGAGCGCGACGGCGGCAUCGAACAGGUCUACGCCAAGGCCAUGCUGCCCUUUGUCGAGCUGUAUGCCACCAAGGACAAGUCUGGCACCUGGCUCGGCGGCGAGAGGCCCAUCUACGCCGAUCUCAUCACGUUGGCCGCACUCCAGUGGUACAAGUGUGCCAACACAGACGCCUUCCACAAGGCUCUCGAAAUCAACGGCGGGGCCUUGCAAAAGGCCUGGACCGCUGGACAGGAACUGCUUUUCCAGCAAAGCUAG